ACCCACCCGUCGUUCGUUCGUCCUCAGUGCAGGGCAACAGGACUUCGGGCUCAGUAUGGUAGCAGCAGCCAUGUUGCUACAGUGCUGUCCAGUGUUUGCCCGGAGUCACAUAGGCCUCCUGGGCAAGAUGAUUAAGACUCACCAGUUCUUGUUUGGUAUUGGACACUGUCCUAUCCUGGCCACCCAACGACCAACUAAUUCUCAAAUCCAUCUUAAGGCAACCAAGGCUGGAGGAGACUCUCCAUCUUGGGCCAAGAGCCACUGUCCCUUUAUGCUGUCAGAACUCCAGGAUGGGAAGAGCAAGAUUGUGCAGAAGGCAGCUCCAGAAGUCCAGGAGGAUGUGAAGACUUUUAAGACAGACCUGCACAGCUUCCUGGCCUCAAACAGCCUGAGAAAGCCAUUCUCCAGCCUUCAGAGCCAGAGCUAGUUUCAGAAAAGGUCACACACCUGGUACACAACAACAUGGUUGGUGA